UCAACCAUGAAGGUCCUGGUUUUCCUUGCUUUGCUGGGAGCGGCACUUGCCGGCGCUGAGAAUGACGACAAGAUCGUGGGAGGGUCAGAGUGCCCCCGUCACUCGGUCCCCUACCAGGUGUCCCUGAACGCCGGCUACCACUUCUGUGGCGGAUCCCUCAUCUCCAGCCAGUGGGUGGUCUCCGCCGCCCACUGCUACAAGUCUCGCAUCCAGGUGCGUCUGGGCGAGCACAACAUCGCGGUGAACGAGGGCACCGAGCAGUGGAUCGACUCGGCCAAGCUGAUCAGGCACCCCCAGUACAACAGCUACAACCUGGACAACGACAUCAUGCUCAUCAAGCUGAGCCGCCCCGCGGCCCUCAACAACUACGUCCAGACCAUUUCCCUGCCCUCGCGCUGCCCCUACGCCGACGAGAGCUGCCUGGUGUCCGGGUGGGGCAACAUGGCCGCCAAUGGCAACAACUUCCCCGACCGGCUGCAGUGCCUGAGACAGCCCAUGAUUGACGACAGGAUCUGCAAGAACGCCUACCCCCACCUCUUCACCCAGAACAUGCUGUGCUCGGGUUUCAUGCACGGAGGCGCCAGCAGCUGCCAGGGCGACUCGGGCGGGCCUCUGGUGUGCAGCGGCCAGCUUCAAGGGGUGGUCUCCUGGGGGUACGAUUGCGCCAUGAAGGGCCAUCCCAGCGUCUACGCCCGCGUGUGCCGCUACAACGGCUGGAUCAGCAGUGUCAUGAGGAGCAACUGAGGCUCAGAUGUUGGACUUCACGUCUUCACUCAAUAAAAUACGCAUUGCACAUUGAA